UUGCGAUCAUGCGGCAUCCCGCCGGGCUUGGCCAGUUGGCUCUUCUCAUUUGCCAACCACAGCAACCGGUCAGAACGUCGACGCAGUUACCCCUCCAGCAGAGCACCGACGACGUGGUCCGCGAGGCGCACGAUGCGCAGACCGAGAGGGACGCUGCAGGACGCUGGGGGAGCAGCCUUUGUCGUCAUUUCGCAAUCACCCGCGCCCUGCGGCGGGAUAUUGGCGACAUUCUGUGCGACCCGUGGGGCUUAAACGAGAAGGAGAAAGCCGGAUGCAGAGAUCUGCGUGGCAGCCUCCAGUAUCCAGCCUCCAGCCUUGCGCCAAAGACGACAGCCGGCCUUCAGCUUGCCUUGCAUGUCUGGCUCUAUCUGGCCGGUUCAGCCUGCUUUGGAAUAUGGCGAUAUCAAACAGAGACCCAACACAGUGAUAGUGGGUGUUGUAUCGGCUGCUACGCCCCAUCCUCCUGCUAUUUCCAACGACCUAUUACAUCUCCCCAACAAGUGCUCCUAGGCUAGGUCAGCAUGGAUAUCACACCAACAACCCGGUUUUUCUUGUGUCCUUGGGUUCCAUCC